UAAUGAGAAUAACCAAAUAAAUAUGGCCAUUUCACGAACAUUCGACUACUUUCUUAAACGCCACCGUAGCAAUGGGCAUCGCUGUGAAAAUUCGACCACUGCCAAAAGACCUCCAACAAAAGGCAGUAAGGGAACUAAAUGAAGAUCCAAAACGAAUUCAAGAAGCAGUAGACCAUGUUACGGAGUGGCUACAAAAGCAACCACAUUUGAACGUCAGAAAUGAUGAGCAAAUGACGGUGGCAUUUUUGCGAGGUUGCAAGUGGAACCUUCAAAUGGCAAAGGACAAGUUGGACACUUUCUACAGCGUAAAAACUGCAUAUCCCGAACUGUUUCAAGACCGAGAUCCUUUAUCUCCUGCGAUCCAGAAAGUACUCGACGCUGGAAAUGUCUUCCCCAUGCCUAAACCCGAAAAUUAUGUGGGGCCGGUAUUUACUAUUUACACUUUGAGAAAUGUACAAGAAAAUGAGAUAUCGUUACUCGAAACCAUGAAGGUGUUUUUUAUGACUUUGGAAAUAUUACUAAUGGAAGAUGACGAUUUUGUUAUUUCUGGAAUUACUGGGGUGGUGGACCACAACGAAUGUCCAGUUAGCUACUAUUUGCAAUUUACACCGGUUCUCAUGAAGAAUUUUUUGCAAUGUAUCCAAAAUGCUUACCCGCUGAGAGUAAAGGGCUGUGCCGUUUUUAACACACUGACUGUAUUUGAAACGAUUUUCAAUACGUUUAUCAAACCAUUUCUGGGAUCGAAACUUCGAAAAAGGGUUACAGUUCCAAACAAAGAGCAAUCAAAAGAGUUUCUAAGCAAAUUCCCACGAAGUCUACUGCCAAUCGAGUACGGUGGAACGAACGGAUCGAUGGAUGAUGCUGCGGAACAAUGGAAGAAGAAAGUGGAAAGCUAUAGGCAAUGGUUUUUAGACGACGCAAAGUAUGGGACGAAUGAAAAGCUUAGGGUUGAUAAGUCAAAGACGAUAGAGGAUGGUGUUAUAACUGACGGAACUUUUCGGAAUCUUGUUAUUGAUUGACUCAUUUAUGAUGUUGGUACUAUUGCAUACAAAUAAAAGCAAAAUCCCCUA